CUCGUACAAAAUUUUCAACAAACAAAAUCACCAAUAGUUUUAUUUCUUUUUUUUUGUUUUUAAUGUUUGGUUUGUCCCUAUCUACAUAUGUAUCUUGGAUUGUUUUUUAAAGGAUCAUUUAAAAAAGGCAAAAUUGAAACCGGGAUACAAAGAGGAGACCGCAAAGCAAAGAAAAAUAAAAAAAAAAGCAGGGAAAGCGAAGAGAAAUUUUACAAUCAAAGGCCAAGGUCGGAGUAUCCGGAGUAUAUCCUUUUAAGAACUCGGACAGCAGAUAGCCGAAAUAAGCCGUAGAAUCCCUUGUAAUGGCUCUACUCCGUUCGCUGAGCGCCCAACGAACAGCCAUCAGUUUGGUCUACGGCCGUAAUAGCAGCAAGUCGAGUAAUUCCCUGGCCGCCGCCGCCUGCCGAAGUUUUCAUCAGCGCGACAGGAGGAGCACUAUCACCGCUGGAGAAAGAGCAUCAUCGGAGUCCACAAACGUAAUCAAUGGGGCCCGCUACCUGCACUCCGGCGAUCGGCCGAUGCAGGCCUCCACUCUGGUCCAACCAGAUUUGGUGUCCAGCGAGACGGUGAAGCGAGAAUCAUCUUCCCAGGAGAAAAACCCCUCUCCCGCUGGCUCGCCGCAGAGGGAUCCCUUGGACGUGACCUUUAACGAUCCAAUUGCCGCCUUCAAGAGCAAGACCACUGGCGAGCUAAUGCGCGCGUAUUUGGUCUACAUGAUCUGUUCUAGCGAGAAGUUGGUCGAGCACAACAUGACGCUUAUGAAAUGGUCAAAGAACGUAUUGGGUCAACGGUUAUUUACAGCAUUGAUGAAGGCGACCUUCUAUGGCCAUUUUGUCGCCGGCGAGGAUCAAGUCAAGAUCAUACCCACAUUGGAAAGACUAAGAUCAUUCGGCGUUAAGCCGAUUCUCGACUAUUCCGUUGAGGAGGAUAUCACCCAGGAGGAGGCAGAGAAACGUGAAGUUGAAUCUUCCGUUUCCAGUGCAGGCGACAAAAAGGAGGAAGGCAGCAUGCCACAGUACCAUGUGGACAAGUCCUUCGCCGAUCGGCGGUAUAAGGUGAGCAGUGCUCGCACCUAUUUCUACCUGAACGAGGCCACCUGCGAGCGGAACAUGGAGAUCUUCAUCAAGUGUCUGGAGGCUGUUUCGGAUGAUGAUCGCAAGGCGCCCCCGGCAGUGGCCACGGGCGCCACCUUCGGAACCGGCAUCACCGCCAUUAAACUCACCGCCCUGGGCCGUCCACAAUUGCUGCUGCAACUGUCCGAGGUGAUUAUGCGCACACGCAAGUACAUGGAGGACAUGGUAGGCGGUCAGGGCAAUGUGCUGACCCACCACAAGACUAUCAAGGAUCUCGAGAAGUAUUAUGCCACACUGGGCGACAACAAGGAUGUGAAAGAGUUCUUAAAUAAUGUGACGUCCGACAAGGAGGGAAUCCUGCAUCUGUUCCCUUGGUCGGGCAUCGUGGACGAGGACUCGCAGCUAAGCGACACGUUCCGUGUUCCCGAUCCCCAAACCGGCCAGAUGCGUCGACUGAUCUCACAAAUACCGCCCAAAGAGGAGGAGAUGUUCCGAAACAUGAUCCGUCGCCUCAACACCAUUGUAAAGGCUGCUGCCGAUCUGGAUGUGCGCAUCAUGGUAGAUGCAGAGCAGACCUACUUCCAGCCGGCCAUCUCACGCAUCACUCUCGAAAUGAUGCGCAAGUACAACAAGGACAAGGCAAUUGUCUUCAACACGUACCAGUGCUACCUCCGGGAAACGUUUCGCGAGGUGAACACCGAUCUGGAGCAGGCCAAGCGCCAGAACUUCUACUUCGGCGCCAAGCUGGUACGCGGUGCCUAUAUGGACCAGGAGCGGGACCGCGCCAAGUCGCUUGGUUAUCCCGAUCCGGUCAAUCCUACCUACGAGGCCACCACGGACAUGUAUCACAAGACUUUGGCCGAGUGCUUGCGACGCAUUAAGCUGAUGAAGGACUGUGAUGAUGACGCCAGGAAGAUUGGCAUUAUGGUGGCAUCGCACAACGAAGACACCGUGCGAUUUGCCAUCCAACAAAUGAAGGAGAUAGGAAUUUCGCCGGAGGACAAGGUUAUCUGCUUUGGUCAACUGCUGGGCAUGUGCGACUACAUCACCUUCCCACUAGGCCAGGCUGGCUACUCGGCGUACAAGUAUAUCCCGUAUGGUCCAGUGGAAGAGGUGCUGCCUUACUUGUCGCGACGUGCCCAGGAAAACAAGGGUGUAUUAAAAAAGAUCAAGAAAGAAAAGCGCCUGCUUCUCUCCGAGAUUCGGCGCCGGCUGAUGCGAGGACAGCUUUUCUACAAGCCCAAGGGCAAUUAUGUGCCCAUCUAAGCUGGCCUGGAUGGAUGGAAUCACUCACUCACCCACACACACCCCUGAGGCGGCAGAUCGUUUGCCAAUUAUAUCCGUCAGUGGAUAUCGCCAGGAAAUCGAUCGCUUCGGGCAUAUUUUAGUGUUUUUUUUGUCGUUCUUACUAUUUUUACGAAAUUUGCAUAUGUCUGCAGUAUAUAUAUAAAGGCUUGUGUAUAUACCAAGGUCCUGCAAAAGAGCAAAGAUGUUCUCACUCACUGUCCUCCUGCAGCCCUGCAGGAUCUUCUUCACCAACAAACAACUUCAAUUAGAGGCGGUAGCACUGAGAGGUGGUCAUUUGAUGAAAAUAUGUAUAUUUUUACGUCUUGUUGCAACAAUAAUCUAAACGAGUUCUGUAUGUGUGUUACAAAGAAAACAAAAUAUGAAAAAACAAAAACUAAAAAUCGUGAAGGAAGGAAACGAAUGUGGAAAUUCCACACCGAUGAUAUUAAAAAAGGGGAUUGAAUUGAAGCGAACAUUUUUUAGCAUCGUAACAAAUAAAGCAUAAAACGAUAAUGGUAUAUACAUAUUAUAUACAAUAUAAUGAGAUCAAAAACGUUUAUAGAGAUAUAUACCGAUCUAUAUCUACAUAGAUACAUGUAUGUGUAUGGCUGCAUUUUAGUCUAGAUUCAUUAACUUCGUGUUUGUGCUUCUUCCUCAGUAUCACUAUAUCAGCUAUCAGUUAAUAGUUCUCCAUUCUUCAUUUGCGAUGUGAUUUCAUGUUUCUCCCUAAGUUACUAACAUAAACUAUAUAUUUAUAUAGAUCAAUAGCGAGAGAGAGAGUCCAGGGCAUUUGUUCCUCCAGCUCGUGGCCAUCCCAUCCGAUAUAGUCAAAUAACACUGUCCAUAGGAACCAGGGAUAACCGCGCAUACCUAUACCUAAACCUAGCGAGUUUUAUUAUGAUUAUGCUAAAUUAACUUAAAUGUAUAUGUUUAAUUUAGCACUUAAAGCGAUAUUGUAAAAGUCAUUACUACGAUAGUCAAUCAAUGAGAAACCACAACCACAAGCGAAACCGAAACCGAAACCGCCUUCUGUCCCCCUGAUUUUUUCGUCUUCAUAUCCGAUUCCUCGUUUCGAUUGCUCAGACAACUACAUAUAUAGACAGACUUGGCCAUAUACCAAGGCGUGCAGAUCGAAUCGAAUAAUUUUGUAUUAUUAUUCUCAUGAUUAUUAUUAUUGUAUUGCAUAAACGCUAUAAAUAAAUGAAUAAAUAAUUGUAUGAAUGUUAACUAUUUCAAUGACAAUAAUAAAAUGUUAAAAACGAA